AUGAACAAUCAGAGCAAAUUCACACCAACAUUCUGUUUUAUAACAACUGAAAUUUAUCAGCACUUUUAUACAACCAGUAAUUUUGUGCUUAUCUCCAGUAAUUUGGGUGCACCACGAAUAUACGUAACAGUCGACACACCUCUGGGUCCCAUAAGAGGUCGUCAACUUAAUACCACAACUGGCAACCCUGUUUAUACCUUCAAAGGAAUUCCAUAUGCUGAACCACCAGUUGGAUCAUUACGGUUUCAGCCACCAGUACCUGUGUCUUCUUGGACAGAAGAAAAAGAUGCUCUCCAAACACCAAACCGAUGCAUACAGAUGGAUGGUUUAGGAAACAUAAAGGGAGAUGAAGACUGUCUCUACCUGAAUGUCUUUAGCCCAGAGUUACCAUCUGAUACAAGUGUCCCAAGACCAGUACUGGUGCUAAUACAUGUUGGCUGCUUCAGAACUGGCUAUGCUCAGCAACGUUAUUUAGAUUAUUAUAUUGAUCAUGGAAUAGUGGUUGUAUCCAUACAGUAUCGUCUUGGAGCUUUAGGUAAGAAAAUUGACAAUACAAGAAGAAUCUUGACUGUUAAAAGUAAUUAUUUGCAAGUAAUUAUUAAAUAUAAUAUUACAACAACAUUGACUGAUUUUUAA